GAUGGGGGAAUAUAAAGUGACCGUCGGAGGCCGCCACUCGAUCGCCCCGCAGCGGUUUCCCGUCUCCCGAUCGUCGCUCGCCCUCGCAAGCUCUGGACAACUUAAUCUUAAUGAAUUCAAGAAGCACAGUAGCAUCUACUGUUUCCUGCACAUCGGGAAACAAGAGCAACUUUGGUCUUUUGGUGUGCUUACUCCCUGGGUUCCUGGGAUUUCCUGUUGUACGUGUGGACUUCCAGCUAUUCAAGGCCAUUGUCAGGAAUCCUUCAUCAUCGGUUGUCUUUGAGACUUGCGGAGGAGGCCAGAUUUAGCAGGGACGGGAAUUUCGGCGACUUGCACCAAAUUCAAAACCUGAUUAGCACUUUGAAAUAUGGUUUCCUCUGAGAUGAAUAGUGUGACCAAAAUCACCGGUCGCAAGAACUUAAACAUGGAGAUACUUCUUCCAACAGGCCCCCCUGAUGUUGCGGUAUCUGAGAACGUGGAGUUUGAUUUCUCUGAUGUGUUUGGUCCUGGCCCUGUUCAGACCUCAGUUAACGUGAAUGUUAUGAAUCCUGAUAAUCAGGCACCUGAAUCGGUUCCAAAUGAGACAGUUUAUGAUGAUCCAGUGGUCAUUUACAAGCGAUCACAUUCUUUGGUGGGGCCUUCAACUCCAGUUAGUCAGUCCUUGCAGCUCAGUAAACUCACAAUACAUGAGACUGACAAUUCAUUGGAACUUUUGGAGUGUGCGUCUGAAGUGACUGGUGAUCUGGAGUCAUCCACCUCUUUUACGGAGACGCAUGAUUCAAUAUCUGAAAAAUGUGAGGUCAUAGGGCUUUCAGACUUUGAGGUUUUGAAGCUAGUUGGGAAAGGUGCAUUUGGAAAAGUCUUUCAGGUGAAAAAGAGAGGCACUUCUGAAAUCUAUGCGAUGAAGGUUAUGCGGAAGGAUAAGAUUAUGGAAAAGAACCAUGCUGAAUACAUGAAAGCUGAGCGAGAUAUUUUGACAAAAGUUGAUCACCCUUUCAUCGUCCAACUAAGAUACUCAUUCCAGACAAAGUACCGCCUAUAUCUUGUGCUCGAUUUUAUAAAUGGAGGACAUCUAUUUUUUCAGCUCUAUAACCAUGGCUUGUUCAGAGAGGAUCUUGCUCGCACGUAUGCAGCUGAAAUAGUAUCUGCUGUUUCCCACCUUCAUGCGAAUGGUAUAAUGCACAGGGACCUCAAGCCUGAGAACAUUCUCCUCGAUGCAGACGGUCAUGCCAUGUUAACUGACUUUGGUCUGGCAAAAGAGUUUGAUGAAAAUACUAGAUCAAACUCCCUCUGUGGGACGCUCGAGUACAUGGCUCCUGAAAUCGUUCUCGGAAAAGGCCAUGACAAAGCUGCUGAUUGGUGGAGUGUUGGAAUCCUGUUGUUCGAGAUGCUCACUGGGAAGCCACCUUUUUUCAGUAGUAACAGAGAGAAAAUGCAACAGAAGAUAAUGAGGGAGAAGAUAAAGCUGCCUGCUUACUUGUCCAGCGAAGCCCAUUCCUUACUGAAAGGCUUGUUGCAGAAAGAAGCAAGCAAGCGGCUCGGGAGUGGCCCUGGUGGGAGCAACGAGAUAAAGAACCAUAAGUGGUUCAAAUCGAUCUACUGGCGAAAACUGGAGGCCCGUGAAAUCCUGCCUAGCUUCCGGCCUAAUGUUGCCGGAAAGACCUGCAUCGCCAACUUCGACGAGCGAUGGACGAGCAUGUCGGUGUUGGAUUCGCCGGUCGCAAGCCCGGUCGCCGGAGAGAACGACUUUGCAGGGUUCACGUACGUGAGGCCUGCUCCUUUCCUUCAGAAGCCCAGCCCUCUAAGCUGACAGAAGGGCGGGCGGGCGGGCGUGUUCAUGGCAAGAUUGUUUCGGAACAGAUUCCGACUUAGCUGUUAACUGCAGCAUGCACAACAUUCCCGUCUGGGGAUCUCUAUCUGUUGGGAGUGCACGUAAUUGUACCAUUCAGGAUCUGAGUGCACUCAGUUUGGCUAGCUUUCAUUUAUUCAUGCAUUUUGUUUCAGUGUUUGUUUGUGUGGGCAAAGGUGUGGGUCACAGUAACAUGACUAAUAUCAAAGCUUAUUCUGCGUC